AUGAGCAGAAGCAAUGUGUAUAUGGACAUCAAAAUUGGGGAUGAAAAAGUCGGAAGAAUAGUAAUUGAACUGUUCGACGACAAAGCUCCCAAAAGCAGUAAGAAUUUCUACCACCUAUGCAAAGGCGAUGCCCAGAUUGGGAGCCGUCAAUUGUGGUAUAAAAACAACUUCUUCCACCGAGUAAUUCAGAGUUUUAUGGUGCAAGCCGGUGAUAUAAUUUACGGUUCAAAAGGACCUGAAAAAUCUGAUGACAUCGGCAAGGGAGGCUGCUCGAUCUUUGGCAAGAAAGAUGAGCUCGAUUUGGACAGCACAUUGGAAACCGUUGGUGGUGUACGUUGCUGUGGAAUAUUUGAAGACGAAAACCUAGGUGACUUCACAGAGCCAUUUAUGGUUGCGAUGGCUAAUAUGGGCGAGGCCGACACUAAUAGCUCGCAGUUUUUCAUCACCACUUGCUCCUCGCCGCAUUUGAACAAUAAGCAUAGCGUUAUUGGUCGAGUUGUGUACGGAAAGUCGGUUGUGAGAAGCAUAGAGCAUACGGCGGUUGAUUCCGAUGGAUUCCCCACUACGCCUGUUUUAAUAGAAGACUGCGGCGAAUGGAACGAAACUCUCGGGAUUCCUCUAUACAACGCCUCAAACAACACUAUCGGAGGAGAUGUUUUCGAAGAAUACCCAGAUGACGAUCUGAAUUUUGACAAAGAUUCAGCAGAAAAAGCUUAUGAGGCAUCCUGUAUCAUCAAGGAUUCGGGCUCGCUGUUGUUUAAAUCAAAAGACUACCAAAAUGCAUACUUCAAGUACAGAAAAGCACUCAAGUAUGUCAAUGAGUUCAUACCUGACAUUGACAUGGAUAAAGUGUUCUACGAGAAGUUUACCGAAUUAAAAGCAAAGCUAUACUUGAAUUUGAUCCUAGUUAUGUUCAAUCAAAAGAAGUACGAAGAUGCUAUCAAGUAUUCUGUUUACCUCCUUGAGAUUCCAGAAGCCUCUGGGCUUGACAGAGCUAAAGCGUACUAUAGGAGCGGCAAUUGUCAUCUAAUGAAAAAAAGAUUUGAUAAGGCCCUUGCAGAUUUCAAUGCAUGCAAAGAACACAAUCCAAAUGACGAAGCUGUAGAUAAAAAGAUUGGAGAAGCACAAAAUAAACUGGAGGAGUCCAAGGAAAGAACAAGGAAGAGCAUUGCAAAAUUCUUCAGUUAG